AUGUUUUAUGCGGUCAUCUGGAUUUUCUGCGCCACUCUAUUGGCAAUCUUGUUUGGUGGAGUGCGAAAACCGAAAAGAUUUCCGCCAGGACCUCGCUGGUAUCCCAUUGUGGGAAGUGCCCUGCAGGUUUCACAGCUGCGGUGUCGUCUUGGAAUGUUUUGCAAAGUGAUCGAUGUGUUUGCCAAGCAAUAUGUGAAUCCCUAUGGCUUCUUUGGCCUCAAGAUUGGCAAGGAUAAGGUGGUGAUAGCCUACACGAACUUAGCAAUUAGUGAAAUGAUGACGAACGAGGAUAUUGAUGGCCGACCCGAUGGCAUAUUCUAUCGCCUAAGGACCUUCAAUUCCCGAUUGGGAGUUCUAUUAACCGAUGGCGAAAUGUGGGUGGAGCAGCGUAGAUUUAUCCUGAGGCAUUUGAAGAAUUUCGGCUUUGCCAGAAGUGGCAUGAUGGAUAUUGUCCACAAUGAGGCAACUUGUUUGCUGCAGGAUCUGAAGGACCAAGUGGCCAAGUCUGGAGGAAAGCAGGCGCGUAUUGGGAUGCACGACCUAACCAGUGUUUAUGUUUUGAACACCCUCUGGUGCAUGCUGAGUGGCAGGAGAUAUGAACCCGGUUCACCGGAGAUUACGGAACUACUGGAGACCUUUUUUGAGCUCUUUAAAAACAUCGAUAUGGUGGGUGCCCUAUUCAGUCAUUUUCCCCUACUUCGAUUCAUUGCUCCAGACUUUUCUGGCUACAAUGGUUUUGUGGAAAGUCAUCGAUCGCUGUACUCCUUUAUGAGCAAAGAGAUCGAGCUGCAUCGUUUGACUUACAAGAAUUACGAUGAACCCAGGGACCUCAUGGAUUCCUACCUUCGUGCCCAGGAGGAGGGAAAUGAUGAGAAGGGGAUGUUCAGUGACGAGAGCCUGUUGGCCAUUUGCUUGGACAUGUUUUUGGCUGGAUCUGAGACCACCAACAAAAGUCUGGGCUUCUGCUUCAUGCAUUUGGUACUGCAGCCCGAAAUCCAGGAGCGGGCCUUCCAGGAAAUCAAGGAGGUGGUGGGUCUGGAGCGCAUUCCCGAGUGGUCCAGGGAUCGCUCCAAGUUGCCCUAUUGCGAGGCCAUCACUUUGGAGGCGGUCAGGAUGUUUAUGCUCCACACUUUCGGCAUUCCGCAUCGGGCUGUCUGCGAUACUCGCUUGUCGGGAUAUGAAAUUCCCAAGGACACCAUGGUUAUAGCCUGCUUCAGGGGUAUGCUCAUCAACCCAGUGGACUUCCCCGAACCGGAGGCUUUCGAUCCCGAGAGAUUCCUCUUCGAUGGCCAUUUGAAACUACCGGAAGCCUUCAAUCCAUUCGGUUUUGGACGCCAUCGCUGCAUGGGAGACUUGUUGGGGAGGCAGAAUCUUUUUAUGUUUAUGACCACAGUGCUGCAGAACUUUAAAAUGGUCGCAAUUCCUGGUCAGCUGCCGGAGGAAGAACCUCUGGAGGGAGCCACUGCUGCGGUUAAACCAUACGACAUCAUGUUGGUGGCUAGAGAGGAAUAA